AUGUCGGUGGCGACCGGGGGCAGCGAGGCGGCGGCGGGCGGCGGCGGCGGGAACCGCGUUUUCUUCCAGAGCGCCCGCGGCGGCGGGAGCGGCGGCGGCGGCGGGAGCGGCGGCGGCGGCGGCGGCUCCUCCCGGGAGGACUCGGUGUCGGCGGCGGCGGCGGUGGUGCAGGUCCAGCAGCGGCGCCACCAGCAGGGCAAAGUGACGGUGAAAUACGAUCGGAAGGAGCUGCGGAAGCGGCUGGUGCUGGAGGAGUGGAUCGUGGAGCAGCUCGGGCAGCUCUACGGCUGCGAGGAAGAAGAGAUGCCAGAUGUAGAAAUUGAUAUUGAUGACCUUCUUGAUGCAGCCAAUGAGGAGGAAAGAGCUCUCAAAUUACAGGAAACUCUUGUAGAUUGCUACAAACCAACAGAGGAAUUUAUCAAAGAGCUGCUAACUCGGAUAAGAGGAAUGAGGAAACUCAGUCCCCCUCAAAAGAAGAGUAUAUAAAUAACUCCCAGUAGUAGCACUCUGUAAAAGACAUGGCAAGGGAAAUUGGACUUUGAAUACAAGACCUUUGUUAAAAUAGUUGUCUAUCUCCGCAACUUUUUUGAUUUCAUUCAGUUUUGACUUUUAUUCAAGGAAGUUCUUUUGUGUGUUCUAAGGGUUCUUUUUUAAAUGUCAUUUUUUUUAAUCAAGAAUAUCAACAUUUUGGAUGCUGCUCAACUUUCACUUGAGGAUUACUGAGGCAAGAGAAGAAUCCAAGAGUUAGUGAUGAGGGGCAGCCAGCCUACAAGGUGAAUUAGAAGAGCCUGAAAUUUACAGAGCUAGGAGACUUUUCCUUGCAACUAGUUGGAUAACGUUUUUUAAGUUGGUUGUACAUUUAACUCAUGGAUGUCAAGUUUCUUGUGCUUGUCUGUACAUAAAUUAUAAAGUGGGUUGUGAAUACUGUUUCACAUGGAUGGAAGGAAAAAAUUGUUACACUAAAUUAUUUAAAUGGUGGUUACUGCAAGUUUGCUACCAGAAGGCAAAAAUUUAGAUUACUAAAAUCAGUGCUGCCAUUUUUCUAAAUACCCUUAAAGCAGCCCAGUGAAGAAUUUCAUCAUAUCUCCUAUUAAGACCACAGCAUAUGAGAACUGGGAAUUCUAAGGGCUUAAUUUCUAGAAUUAAAGUUAUUUUAUUGACUUUGAUGCUUUGCCAGAUCAUUUCCUCUCCACCUCAUGGUGUCUUGGAACUGUAUUAUCCAACAACGAAUAAAGGCCCGCAGCGAUAUCUAGGGAAAUGUCUAUCACUAUUUAAAAGAUGCUUCACAGCGGAGGAAAAGGCAGUGCUAUGAAAAUGAAUUGAAAGCACUAUCUUGUAUUUAGUGAUGUGGUUUUAAUCAAAUGCGGAUUCCUCUCUAUAUUAAAGUAGACAGAGAAUAUGAUAGUGUUUGUUUGUGGCUCUGCCCCCAAGAAGUAGGGAGACAUCUUAACUUGGAUUCUCUUAUUUGUAAAAGCAAGAACAGAAGAGAGAUCCCUGCUCCCUCCUGGAAAAUGUCCUAAAAUGUUCUAUAAGCUACCAUAUGCCGGUAGGUGACACUAGUCAGGUGUUUUAUAUCAAGGGUGCUCUGAACAUAUUUUAUUUUUCAAAAGAAGUACAUGUUUGUGAAUUUUAUGUAUCCUGGCAAGCUUUUUUAAUGUAUUUAAUUUUGUAAUGUUUACUGAUGAUUUUAUUUACCAGAUAUUUACUCAAAUAAAUGGAACAACUUGUGA